AUGAAGCAAAGAAUGUGUUGUUUUCUCAUUGUGGCUCUGCAGACAAUAAGCUGGAUUCAUGUAUCAACCAGGUCUUUAGCAUCAGAUGACGUUGAACCUCAUCAAGAUAAAGUUCGAGAGUUCUCGGGAGUUACCUUUGACUCUGAACAGGGUCUUGAAAGCAAGGGAGUAGGUUAUGGGAGUGAAGAAACAUAUAGUAGAAUGCUGGUUAGACUUGGAUCAAGGCCACCAAACUGCCAGCGUAAGUGUGGACGCUGCACUCCCUGUGUUGCCACUCAAAUUCCUGCAAAUUCUGAUAAACUAGGAAUUCAGAAUACCAAUUAUGAGCCUGAAGGAUGGAAAUGCAAAUGUGGAUCCACUUUCUUCAAUCCAUAAAUGCUGCUGGGGUCAAUCUUUAGCAACUUUUUUUAGCA